AAUGGUUGCCAUGGAAAAUCCAAAUAAUUUGAAAAAGCAACUUGUGGUAGAAUUUGAAGGUGAGCAAGGAAUAGAUGAAGGAGGAGUUUCAAAAGAAUUUUUUCAACUUGUUGUUGAAGAAAUAUUCAAUCCAGACUUUGCUAUGUUUACCCUUAACCCAGAAACACAGAUGUAUUGGUUUAACCCUACUUCAUUUGAAAGUGAUGCCCAGUUUACCCUCAUUGGGAUAAUUUUAGGUCUGGCCAUUUAUAAUAACAUAAUUUUAGAUGUACAUUUUCCUAUGGUUGUAUAUAGAAAAUUGAUGGGCAAGAAAGGAACUUUCUAUGAUUUACAUGAUUGGAAUCCUAGUCUUUGUAAAGGAUUACAGGAUAUGUUGUCCUACACAGAGGAUGACAUGGAGAAUGUUUUCUUGCAAGCAUUUCGUAUUACUUAUAAAGAUGUUUUUGGAACAGUGUUAGUUCACGAUUUAAAAGAUAAUGGUGAUAAAAUAUUAGUCAAUCAGAACAGCAAAGAUGAAUUUGUCCAUUUAUAUGCAGACUUUCUGUUAAAUAAAUCCAUAGCUAAGCAGUUUCGGGCUUUCAAAAGAGGCUUUCAGAUGGUGACAGAUGAUAGCCCCUUGAAAGUGCUGUUCAGACCAGAGGAAAUAGAAUUACUUGUAUGUGGAAGCAAGAAUUUUGAUUUUAAUGCCCUUGAAGAAGCUACAGAAUAUGAUGGAGGCUAUCUAUCUGAUACUCCCAUAAUUAGAUGGUUUUGGGAAUUAGUUCACGAAUUUAGCCUAGAGCAGAAAAGAAAACUUCUUCAAUUUACUACAGGUAGUGACAGGGUUCCUGUUGGUGGGCUCAGCAAGCUCAAAUUAGUCAUAGCUCGGCAUGGUCCAGAUUCAGACAGGUUGCCUACAGCUCAUACAUGUUUCAAUGUUUUGCUACUUCCAGAGUAUGGUACAAAAGAAAAAUUAGAAGAGAGACUUUUAAAAGCUAUCAACUAUUCUAAAGGAUUUGGAAUGCUCUGAUCAAGGCUUCACAUCCUAGACAGUGCUUUAUUGAGAUCAAUAUCUCGAGCCACUUAACUGUACAUAACAGAGAUUAAAUAACUUAACACUUUAAAUUACCCCACUCGGAAUGUUCAUGCCCCUGUUUGGUUGUUUUGCAGCAUAACUCCUGAAAAAGUAGUCCCUCCAUUAUUUGGUGUGUUUUUACAACUAAAUUAUAUUAUGAAUUUUGAGAUGGCUGUCUACUUUGGAAGAAAAAAAAAAACAAACAAACAAACAAAUUGGUAGUGU